AAUACUCUCUUUCUCGACUUUCAACACGUCAUGGAACAAGACAUGGAACUGGCCGAAGCCAUACAGUCGGAUUACGUUCGCUUCGAACCCUUUCUGCGACAAGCCGUACAAACCUUCGUCCUCGAACUGCAUCCGGAAUUGGACGAUCCCGCAUCCCACACCAACCAUCAUUCCACGCCGCACGCACAGUCACUCCGCAACGCAACAUACUUCAUCGCCAUUCAUAACGUACCCGGUUUGCUGCCCGUGCGGGAAGUCCGUACCGACCGUAUUGGUAGACUCACUUCCGUCGCCGGCACCGUUACCCGAACUUCGGAGGUCCGACCCGAACUCCUCGUCGCUACCUUUCGGUGUCAGCAGUGCGGACUCCUCGCCGAACGUAUCGCCCAACAGUACCACUACACUCGUCCCACUCUCUGUCGAAACCCCCGGUGCGCCAACGCAUCACCCCUACUAUUUACCCUGGAAACCACCGCUUCCGAAUUCGUCGACUGGCAAAAGCUCCGCGUGCAGGAAAAUUCCGACGAAAUACCCCCCGGAUCCAUGCCCCGCUCCAUGGACGUCAUUGUCCGUAACGAAAUGGUGGAGCGCGCCAAAGCUGGAGACGCCUGCGUUUUCGUCGGCAGCAUGGUUGUCAUUCCGGACGGAUCAGCAUUGGCCCGGGCCGGCGAAGCCCCCCGUGCCACCACCCGGCGCAACGGACCCACCGACGCCGCCGCCGGUGGAGGAGGUGGGGUCCGCGGACUCAAGGCACUCGGUGUUCGGGAACUGACCUACCGUACCUGCUUUGUCGCCACCUGUGUCCUCCCUACCGACGCACUAGCCCGCGCCGCCGCCGCACCGUCCGCCACACACCGUACUCACGCCACGGCCGCACUCUUGUUCGGAUCCCAAGCGCUCGAACACCACGAACCGACACCCGAAGAAGUCGUCCUAGAGUUCACCCGGCAGGAACGUAACGAAAUUAGGGAAAUGAAGUCCAGCUCGCGAUUGUAUCAGGAUAUGGUGGAAAGUAUCUGCCCCACCACCUUUGGACAUAAGGAGGUCAAGAAAGGACUCCUCCUCAUGUUACUCGGCGGGGUCCACAAAACAACCACGGACGGCAUCAAACUGCGGGGCGACAUUAACGUUUGCGUCGUGGGCGAUCCAUCCACGGCCAAGUCGCAGUUUCUCAAGUACGUACACGCCUUUCUACCGUCCCGGGCCGUGUACACGUCCGGCAAGGCCUCUUCCGCCGCCGGUUUGACCGCCGCCGUACAACGCGAUCAGGAUACCGGCGAAUACUGCAUCGAAGCGGGAGCGCUCAUGCUGGCGGACAAUGGCAUUUGCUGCAUCGACGAGUUCGACAAGAUGGACCCCAACGACCAAGUCGCGAUUCACGAAGCCAUGGAACAGCAGACCAUUUCCAUUACCAAGGCCGGUAUUCAAGCCACCUUGAACGCUCGUGCGUCCAUUCUGGCAGCGGCCAAUCCCAUUUACGGACGCUAUGACCGGACCAAGACGCUCAAGGCCAACGUCGCCUUGUCCGCACCCAUUCUGAGUCGCUUCGAUCUAUUCUUUGUUGUGCUGGACGAGUGCGAUCCGGACUCUGAUCGACGAGUAGCCCAACAUAUUCUAAAAGUUCACCGCUGUCAGGAAGAAGCCGUCCAACCACCCUACACCAAAGAACAAAUGCAACGGUACAUACGGUUCGCACGGACACUCUAUCCCAAGAUCACUCCCGAAAGUCAACGCGUUUUGGUAGACUGUUAUCGCAAACUUCGGCAAGGGGAUACCCUUGGCCGAUCCCGCACGGCCUACCGCAUUACUGUACGUCAGCUUGAAUCCAUGAUUCGGCUUUCUGAAGCCAUGGCACGCUUGCACUGCGAUCCCGAAAUCCAGCCCGCCUACGUACGCGAGGCCUUUCGCCUCCUCAAAACGAGUAUCAUUCAAGUGGAGACCUCCGAUGUUGACGUGGAUGACUAUGACGACGAAGGGGAA